AUGGAGAUUCUACAUAGUUUUGAGAGGAUGUCAGGUCAAAAGAUUAAUUUGACUAAAUCUACUGCUUCCUUUAGUAGGAAUGUGAGUGGUGUUAUUCGGAAGGUUGUUUGUGCUAUUUUUAAUAUAAAUGUAGCUGUUGAGAAUAGUGUGUACUGGGGUCUCCCAAGUACAAUCGAUCGAAACAAGUCUGAUGUAUUGGGCUUUCUUAAGGAGAAGAUGAGGAAGCAUAUACAAAGAUGGAAUGGUAAACUCUUGUCGCAUGCUGGUAUAGAGGUCCUACUUUGUAAUAAAGCUCAAAGUCUUCCAACUUAUGCUAUGAGUAUUUUCCUUUUGUCUAGGAGAACAUGUCAUGAGUUGGAACAACUUAUGGCUAAUUUUUGGUAG